CCGCGCCGCAGCCCGCAUGCCCUAGGGCCGCAGCAGCAAGUGUACCCUCGCCUCGCCUCGCCUCGCCUCGCCGGUCGCCCACCACCGCGCUCUCUCCGUGCUCGGCCUCCCGCCCCUCUCCGGUUAGCUCGAUUCUGACGCUCCGCUGCUACAGGGAAAAAUGACUGAGUAUCUCUUUGAGGACGUCUUCAUCGUCAUCAGGCUCAAUCCUGAUGGUAAAAAGUUUGACAAAGUUUCUCGUAUUGAAGCUCGCAGCGAGCAGUUUGAUAUGCACAUGCAGUUAGAUGUCGCCACAGACGUUUAUCCUAUGCAUGUUGGCGACAAAUUUACCAUGGUUUUAGCUCCUACUCUUAAUUUGGAUGGCACUCCAGAUACUGGAUACUUCACACAGGCUGGCAGACAAACUCUGGCAGACAAGUUUGAGUAUGUCAUGCAUGGGAAGCUUUACAAAAUCUCAGAAGACACCUCCUCUGGUCAAAAUGCUAAAGUGGAUAUUUAUGCAUCAUUUGGUGGUCUCCUAAUGAUGCUCAAGGGCGAUCCUUCCAAUGCUGCUAGCUUUGAGCUCGAUCAGAGGCUUUUUCUACUUAUGCGCAAGGUGUAGAACUACUAAAGCAUGUGCGAACUACCUAAUAUUCUAGGGUGUUGGUCAUUCACUUGAAGGCUGUAACCUAUGACUCUAUGAGUGACCUUAAUUUUCAUCCUUGGUGCCUGUCCUUAACCCCUUACUCAUGCUUGAUAAUGGACCUUUUUGAACUGGUAGUGUAUACUGUUUACUUCAGCAUGAUGUUAUCUUCGUAGUUCC